AUGCUAGAUAGUGAUAGCAUACAUAAUAAUGAUCCCGGUUUUAAAGGAAUGUAUAACAUUGUUCACAUUGACGAAAAAUGGUUUUAUAUGAAAGAAAAGUCAAGAAAUUUUUAUUUGGUACAGGAUGAAGAAGAUCCCAUUCGUACUUGUAAAAGUAAAACUUUUAUACCAAAAGUUAUGUUUCUAGUUGCCAUAGCUAGGCCAAGAUUUAAUUUGCAACAAAACGUAACAUUCAGCGGAUUAAUUGGUGUAUAUCCUUUUGUCAUACAAGAUCCCGCUAGAAGAUCUAGUGUAAAUAGACCUGCAGGUACACUUGAGACCAAAGCAAUGACGUCAAUUACUAAAGAUGUUAUGAGAACAUUUUUGAUUCAAAAAGUGUUACCCGCUAUUAAAGAAAAAUGGCCAAGAGAAGAAAUCGGUCAUCCGAUAUUCAUUCAGCAAGAUAACACAAGAACACACAUUCAUUGUGAAGAUGAAGAAUUUCGUCUAGCAGCCACACAAGAUGGAUUUGACAUUCGAUUAAUGUGUCAACCUCCAAAUUCACCUGAUUUAAAUGUUUUAGAUCUUGGUUUUUUCAGUUCAAUACAAGCCUUACAACAUAGAGAGUCUCCUAAUUCUAUUGAUGAACUUGUGAGUGCAGUUGAUAAGUCUUUUCAAGAAUUUGAAGUUACCAAAUCAAAUCAUAUAUUUUUAACACUUCAAUCAUGUAUGAUUGAAAUUAUGAAAGCAAGAGGUUCCCACAACUAUAAAAUUCCACAUAUGAAGAAAAAAAUGUUGGAAGCUAGAAAUCAAUUGUCAACACGGUUAAAAUGUGAUAACAAAUUGGUGCGAGAUGUUAUGUGA